UCUGAUUAAAAAAUUAUUCAGCUGCAAAAUGCAGUCUGGAGCAAGCGCAGAUCUGUCCGGACUAUUUGACCAGCCUGUUCACACCUUAAACCUUCCUCCAGCUCAUGGCGGAGCAAGUAUAUACCAGCAAUCCUCACUUCAAGUUCCAGGGGUAAAUACACCCUACGGGAUACAGCAAAACACCAUCCCUGGUUUUCAACAGAAUCAAAUUGGAGGGUAUCAACAAACUUCAAUGGGAGGAUAUCAACAAAAUCCAAUGGGAGGAUUUCAGCCAAAUCAUAUGGGAGGAUUACCGGCUCCUAAUAACAAAAUGGGAAUGGGAAUGAACCCGUUUAAUGGUCCAGGGUUAGGGGUUCAGAUCCCUCAAAUGCAAUACAAUCCUGGAGUAUAUUCUGUACUCCAGGUAGGUUCAGGAAUACAAGCAGGACUAAGAACAGCUCCUCCACCACCUAACCAGGCUCAGGUUCAGGUUCCGUUCUCCUCUCCUGUUCCGAUCUCUCAUCCAUCCCUGCAGGUGAGAAUUCUCCGAACUGUUGUUGUUGUUGCAGGAUUGGUUGAAGAGUUUCCCCUGGAGAGCGGAAACCAUUCUUCCUUCUACCUGGAGGAGAAUGAGGAGGAGGAGGAGGAGACGAGUGAGGGGGAGAACGAGAGAGAAAAAAUGGAUGCCCCGGUAGCAGGAGAAGAACGGAAGGAUGGAGAGCAGACUAGUCAAGGAACUAAGAAAAGUUUCUUCUCUCUCUUCUCCCGAGCUAAAGAUCCUGGAGUACAGGAGAAGGAAGAGGAGAAGAAGACUGUAGAGGAGGAGGAAGAAGGGCGGGGUGGAAACGAGCAGAAGUUUCUGGGAGAAGGACAGACCUUCAAGGGGAAGUUGAUCGGAGUCCUGGAGGUGAGGGAGGCCAGGGGGGACAGGAUGUGCCAGGAUGCUCUUCAGGAACUCAAAAUGGCGAUAAAGGCAAGUGGAGAACACAAGCAGAAAGUAAUUAUGCAAAUAGCUGUGGACGGUCUUAAAAUAAGGGAUGAGAAAACAGGGGAUUGUUUAUAUCAUCAUCCUGUUCACAAGAUCAGUUUCAUAGCUCAGGAUAUGACGGAUAUACGAGCUUUUGGAUAUAUUUAUGGAUCUCCGGAGAAUGGGCACAGAUUUUUCGGAAUAAAGACUGAGAAGGCCGCGGGACAGGUUGUUGUUGCGAUGCGGGAUCUUUUCCAGGUCGUCUUCGAACUCAAGAAAAAGGAAAUAGAAGAAGCUAAAAGUAAUAUGGACAAAGGAGAGGAGCAUAAAGUAGGAAGUGCUGCCUCCUUUCCAGCAGCUGCUGGUCAGCCUGAGCAGCAAACAGCUGUUGAUGAUCUUUUAGGGCUGGUCAGUGAGAUUACAGCUAUUCAGGCUGGUAUCCAGCAGAUUGAUAAGAUAACUCCGACCCCACCAAACAGUUUCCAAACUGACUCCAUGAUAACCUUCUCUCUCCCUGCAACCACUUCUCCUCCAAUCCCUGCUCCGCUUCCUCGGAAACCUGUUGCAGUGAUGAAUACUAAUCCUAAACCUGAAGGGUUUAGAACAGCUCCUUUCCUCCCUCCUCCACCUUCCAAAGGAGGGAAGAGAGAUGACCGCUACGCGGCUCUUGAAUCAUUUGCUCCCCCGCAGAGCACUACAGGAGGAGGAGAUACAUUCCCGAGCAUAUUUACAAUUCCUCCGUCACUGAACACCGAAACCCAACCUGCUAUUUUUUCCCAAACCAGCACUUUCCCUCAAACCUUUCCUUCCCAAAACAGUUUUGGAAAUGGAGACGCGGCAUUUUCUCAAACUAGCGAAUUUCCGUCUGGAGGAUUUUCCUCCAAUGGAUUUUCUUCCGGUGCAUUUACUCCUAGUGGGUUUUCUACCGCCGUGUUUCCGCCGGAAAGAGUGGCUGGCAGAUAUCCGCAACCCUCUCAACAGCAGUUUCCGCAAGCUUUUUCUUUCCAAACCCAACCUCCAGGAUUUCCAAACCAAACCACUGGAUUCAAUACCCAACCUACUGGAUUUCCAAUACAAUCUGCUGGAUUUCCUGCCCAGCAAUCCAAUGUAUAUAAUGCUAUCCAUAAUAUCCAGGACAGCAAACCUGGUGCCCCUGCUGAUAAACUUGACUCUUUAUUCACGGAUUUGGAUCCGCUAGGAUCAGGGAAGCAUAAAUCCUUCACGGAUUCUCCAGAUGUGUUUUCAAUGAACGGAUCUCCUAGGACGGGAGGAGGAGGAGCUUCUCAGGACUCCUUGUCUAAUAGAACUGGACUGAUUGGUUCCACCGCUGUUCCUCCUCCGGAGAUAUCAAACCAGAACAUGGGAGAUCUCGACCUACUCUAAACCAAAGACGGAGUAAACGUGUAAACUCCAGGCUGCUUUCCAAACAUGUAUCAAACAAUAAUUUCAAUCAAUCAAUCUUAUAUCUUAGAUUAUACCGUAUAGUUGUUUUAAUAGGAGAAAAACAUUUAAAAAGUUUAAUUGUUAAAGAAACAUCGUCCCAGCAAUUUUUAAACGACUCCCUUCCCUGAACUCUUCAACUAUUCGGUCUAGUUUUACCAUUUUCUCUCGUUUUCUAACAAUUUAUUUGAUUUUUUAGUGAUUUUUAGUUCUUAGCUGUAUAUUUUACAAUAUUCUUAUAUUUUUGUUUCUUUUCUUUUUAUUUAAUGAAAAUUUACAUUUUUGAUGUAUUAGUUGAUUCUAAAACAACAUAAAUAAAUAUUAUAUAUUUCAAAGCAAAAAA